ACUUAAUCUUGAUUAAUCUUGUUUUCGUAAAUCGUAGUCGCGCGUUUAUAUAUGAAGAAAUUGACUAAUCAAAUAUCUAUUAUUCUAUUAUAAACAAUACAAACGUUAUAUUAAUCAAAAAAACCUUCUUUCUUUUAAUUUGGAAAAAGUUAAACACUAAUUAAUUUCUAUGAUUCUUAUUCUGAACUCUUCUGACACUUAUUUUAAACUUAAUCCUCUCAAUCUUCAUCAUCGGAUAGCACAUGUAGCACAUGCGCUGCUUAAUAGCGUUCCUGAGCAAUCUCGAGAAGAAAAAAUGUCGGGACGCAGAAAGAAGAACAAGAACAAAUUGUUAGAGAGGAAACCCCGGCGUGUCGUCGGCAAGGAGGAGAAAUAUUAUCGGGAAAAGGAAGAAUUCGACGAAGACGACAAGGCAGAUGACGACGAACAGUCGAUCCAGUUUCCCGUGGCUAUGUGGGACAUGGAACAUUGCGAUCCCAAGAAAUGUUCCGGGAGAAAGCUCGCGAGACACGGGCUGAUAAAAAUCCUGCGACUGGGCGCUCGAUUCCCAGGCUUGUGUCUCACUCCGGUCGGCGAUAAGUGCGUGAGUCCGAAGGAUUGCGAUAUAAUACGGGAGUACGGUUGUGCGGUUGUGGAUUGCAGUUGGGCGCGGCUGGACGACACUCCCUUCAAUAGAAUGAGAACACCUCAUCCUCGCUUACUGCCAUUUCUAGUUGCCGCCAAUCCGAUAAACUAUGGGAAGCCUUGUCAGCUGAGCUGCGUUGAGGCUAUAGCGGCUACCUUGAUUAUAACGGGAUUCCCAGACGAAGCUAAACUUUAUCUUGGAAAGUUCUCAUGGGGACAUUCGUUCUUGGAACUGAACGGUGAGCUGUUGGAAAAGUACGCUCUCUGUGCAAGCAGCGAAGAGGUGAUCGCGGCACAGGAAGAGUACCUGAAGAAAGCCUGGCAGGAGAAACAGGAUAGACUUGCGCUUCCUGAUUUUCCACAAAGCGAUACGGAAUCAGAAGAAGAGAAGGAAGAGAAAGGCGAGAAUGUGAUAUCUAAAGUAACUAAGGAAUUAGACGAUAUAAAAGUAUAAAAUAUAGUAAUUAAAGAUAAUUAGCUUUUUAACGAAA